UCUGUGGUGGUGGUUUUGUUUUGCGUUUGAUUUGUAUUUUGAUAAAAAUAUUUUUUUCCAUUAUUUUUACUAUAGUGUGAAUGAAAAUAACUAGUUUAUAAGGUAUCUAAGGAAAAUAACUUAAAAAUAAAAUGAUUGAGUAGAAAAGGAACGUAGUAUUUGUCCUACAAGAAUUAUUAAAAAUUAAUGAUCGUGAAAGAGCGGCAUUCGGAAUCGGCAUUAGGGAAUUUCUUUUAUGUUAUUAAAUACCGAGAAAAACGGUAAAUUAGCCGUAAAGUAUUGCAGACAAAAUAAUAAAAGAAUUCCUAAAGUUCAUUUUAUAAUUUAAGCUUUAGUGUACAAUAAAACUGUCAAAGUGAAACUGAAAUAAUAUAAUGUUUUUUAUUGGAAUAUUUGUCCAUCUCGUGUUUUUGUUUUCUAUAUUUGAUAUAUACUUUAAGUCUCCUAUUGUGAACAAUGCCGUUACAUAUCAACCUCUACACGAGCCACCUGCUGACCGCUUGGUCCUGUUUGUUGUUGAUGGGUUGCGAGCUGAAUCAUUUGUGAAUUACACUACUAUGCCUUAUCUGAGACAUGUAGCAAACAACCAUGGACGGUGGGGAAUCUCUCAUACCAGAGUACCAACAGAAUCUCGGCCAGGCCAUGUGGCUAUCAUAGCAGGUUUUUAUGAAGAUCCUUCUGCAAUUGCAAAAGGUUGGAAAGAGAACCCAGUUGAUUUUGAUUCUGUGUUUAACCAAAGUAAAUACACAUGGUCGUGGGGCACAUAUGAUAUUGUAGAAAUAUUCACAAAGGGUGCAGUGAAGAAUAAUAUCUUUGUUGAGAAAUUUGAUCCGUACGACCAGUCUUUCAGCUCUGAUAAAAAUACAACACUGUUAGAUGACUGGGUCUUCACAAAAGUUAAAAGUUUUUUCCUAAAAGCACAACAUGAUAAUGACUUGAGGGAAAAGUUGCAAAGCAAGAAAAUAGUAUUUUUCCUUCAUUUGUUAGGAACAGAUACAUCUGGCCAUACCCAUAAACCAAAAACAAAAAAUUUUUUAACGACUAUAAAGUUUGUAGAUGAGAAUAUCAAAGAAAUUGAACAAAUCAUAAAAGAUUUUUACAAUGAUGAUGGCAAAACGACAUUUCUAAUGACUUCUGAUCAUGGCAUGACAGACUGGGGUUCGCAUGGAACAGGUGAUGAUGAUGAAACAAAGACUCCAUAUGUCUUAUGGGGUGCAGGAGUACAAACGGUACAAGAUAAUCUGAAACAGUUAGAUCCAGAGACUGUUUCAAUGUUGUUAGAACACCGAUAUGAUAUAAACCAAGCAGACUUAACACCAUUGAUGUCCAGUUUUCUAUCUAUACCUGUGCCAGUUAACUCUGUUGGUCAGCUACCAAGUGGAUUGCUUCAAAUGUCACUUCCGAACAAAGCUAAAGCCAUUUACAGUAAUUGUAGACAAAUGAUUUCCCAGUAUAAUAAAAAGAGGUUAGACGUUGAAGCCAGUGCUAUCUCAGUACUCUACCAACCAUUUGAACCAUUCGACGGAAAGAAAGUACAAGAGAUUAUUAGCUUUACAGAGAAAUUAUUGCAGGAUGAACAAUAUGAAAAAGUUGUAAAACUCAGUGAAGAGAUUAUGCAUUUGAGUCUUAGUGGUCUCAAUUAUUAUCAUAAUUACUACCAAAAACCAUUACUUUUUACAGUUACUCUCUCAUUUAUAGGCUGGAUAAUGUGCCUUCUUAAAUUUUUAAUUGAACAAAAAAUGUUUGCUCAAACAGAAAUGACAAGGAAUAAGAAUUACAACUUAAUAAGUACUAGUAAAACUGCAGAUGUUAUUAUAAAAGUGUUUUCUGUCUUUGCAUCGAUACUGCUAUCUCUUAUGAUACAAGUUCAAGGUUUACCAGUUCAGUAUCACAUUUACUUCUUGAUGCCAAUAUUUCUAUGGAUGUAUGCUUUAACACCUGUCAAUUUGUGGAUACAAACUUUGUACUUGUUGAAGAAUAGGAGGAGAAUCUAUUUACUGGGCAUAGAAAUACUUUGUUAUACUUUAGGAUCUAUGGCUUUGGGGUUAGCGCUAACACAUAGAUGGGUGUUGAGUGUCCCACUGUUGGGGAUGGGCCUGUGGCCAUUCUUCGCAGCAUCAAUACAAAGCUUGCCAAAGUGGGUGUGGUUUGCAUGGCCAUUUGGAUGUGUUUCACUGAGUAUAUUCUCUUUCAUGUCUGUGAUAGGAAAAGAUACUUAUAUUGAAUUAGUUGUUUCAGCUGGAAUAAUUUGGUUAUUGAUACACAGUUUGUUUAUUUGGAGAUUCCUACUCUCAAACAGUGCAGAUCAAGAUGCCAUGAGGGAGCUGAUUAUAAGUAUUAUUCAGAUAUUCACUUUAGCAGCAUCACUUCAAGCUAUAUAUGUGCAAUCAAAGAGGUUUGAAGAUCAUUUACCGGUUUCACAAACUCUUCAAUCUAUGUGUUGGAUUAUAUCAGUAUUGCUUCCACUUAUUCCACUGUUGUACACCAAAAAGUUUAUAAAUCGUCUCUUGGGAAUAAAUACAGCUAUUCUCAAUUUCUAUCUUCUUUUGUCUGUGGCGCAUGAAGGCUUGUUUAUGGUGACUAUGAUACUCAAUGUGAACUGCUGGAUGUUUAUUGAAUUUAAACUUAUUAAUUUAUCGAAUAUAAAGAUAGAUGAGUGUACAUUUGAAGAAGACAACUCGAAGAGAGAAAAGCAUUUGGCUUGUAUAGAUCGCAGUGUCAGCAGUCAGGACUUCAGGAGAGCUUUUUUCUUUACAUUGUAUAUAAUUUUAGCUUAUUUCGGCACAGGCAACAUAGCAUCACUCAAUUCCUUUGAAAUUCGAUGGGUGUUGUGCUUUACAACUUCCUUUCGGCCAUUUAUUAUGACAACUUUGAUAUUAUUGAAAACACUCUCUCCAUUUUUAAGUGUGGCUUGUUCGUUUAGAGCUAUUCAAUAUUUAACUAAGGCUCCUUCGGGAUGCUUAAAUAUAGUGGUGCUAAUAUAUUCGAAUAUAAUGGGACUCCACAUGCUCUAUCAUGUAAGGAAUACGGGAAGUUGGCUGGAGAUAGGCACGUCAAUAUCUCAGUAUAUUAUUGUACAAUUAAUUACUUUAUUUAUUGUUUUAAUUAAUCAAAUAGCAAAAGUACUAACUGAAGUCGAAAUUCACAACUCAAUUUUAACUAAAUUGUUUAAAAACAGAAAGAAAUAUGUGUAAUUUUUUUUUCUUCAAUUUUAUAAUAAAGUUCCUAUUUUAUAAAAA